AUGGGCACCACGGCAGAAUAUCCAGCACUUCUCGAGGAGGACAAAAGUUCGUUCCUUCUGUCCCUGCCAAACGUUCUGCACGCUGGGCCUGAUGACGCCUGCAACUACCUGUUAAACUUCCGCAACUUCGACGGCCACAUCAACAGGCUGGUCCUCAACUUCACCACUGACGACCACCACCCGCUGUUCUCGGUCGAGAAGAACUUUCUGCCUACCACUGAAGGACGAGCUCCCCCACGUAUCGCAGCACUGUGUCGACCGCCGCCCCCUGGCCAGCCAUUUGGAGGAUGUGACGAUACUCCCGAGCCUCCCAGCGGCUUUCCCCGAUACUCCCGCAGUCUCAGAUCAGUUGACAGCAGCGACUGCGUCUCCGUUCCCGUGCCAUUGAACAUCUCAGACCACAAGGAGGCCAAGGUGUCUCUGAAACUCAACGCCCACGACGGUCUCUUCACAGCAGGGCCCGAAAAGAUUAAGAUACUUCGGGGCACGCCUCCUAUUAAGCUGACCAAUCACGACAAGCCACAGUACCGGCCUGGAGACCACGCCCACUUUCAGCUGCUGCUGCUCGACUGGAGGCUCCGCCCACUCGGCGGACUCGGCCGCUCACAAACGUUUCGGGAUGGCCAAGAACCAUCCACAGUUACAAAAGAUGGAUACGUGAGGGAAGACUGGAAGAUGCACUACAAAACUGAUGAUUUCUACCACUGGGAAGAGUUCCAUGUGGGGGACGUGUCGCCGCUAGCCAAGUUCGACGUUGAUAUCACGGCCCCAGAGAAGAUUACCAAUGAUGAGGAUACUAUAUCUGUGACCGUCUGUGUCACUUAUAAAUCUGGCACGCCCUUAGUGGAAGCCUCGGUGGAUGCUGGUCUUAAGGCAGCAAUGGGAAUAGACGAAAACUCUUCCCGCAUGGCUCAUGCACUUACUGAUUCGAGGGGGUGUGCAGUUCUGGACAUGAUCAUCCGAUUGGAGAGGGACAUCAGGCCGAUGUUCAUAAACAUUCUGAUUAACGUCACCGACUCGACGUCACUGAUCAAGGAAGAGCGCAGUGUCAGCGUCAGGACUACAAACAUGCUAGUGGAUGUGGAACGAAUCGUCAAGUUCGACACGAUUCCGGCCAACCUCAGUCGCACACUAGUGUACCGUGUCACAUACUUUGGCGAGGAAGGGCCAGUGACGAAUGAAGUGAUAGAGAUCUGCACUCGGACCGUGUACUACCCACCUACUCGGAAUGGGUUUGGAGUCAACACGUCGUCACCAUUGGCUGACUUCACUUACCUCCUACCAAAGCAUGAGCUUAACAAGCUUAGUCCGGAGCUUCUUGCAGAACUGAAGAGUCUUCCACUCCUCUGGAGAGUGAAUCACACGGAGGCUGAAACGACUGAAAAACAGUGUAGAAACAUCACGACGGACGGCGAAGGCAUCGCCAAGCUGAAGAUGACCGAGUUGUCGCACCGAGUUCACACGGUGGAAAUCGAGGGCUCGGACUGGCCAGAUCUGCCAUGGAGCGAUGGACUGAGAGUUAUGACAUCACCAUCCGGCUCCUACCUGGCUUUCGAUGUGGCUGAGAUGCCCGUGAAGCUUCCCUGCCAUGGCGACAUCCGCCUACCGCUGCUCUCCACCGUGCCCAAGGAGUCGCUGGUCGUCCAGCUACAGGUAAUAGCUCGCGACCGUGUGGUGGCCAGUCAGACGGCCGAUCUGCGCUCAGAGGAGCUGAUUCUGCACAUGGUGCCCGAGAUGAGUCCCAAGGCGCGCCUGCUCGUCUACAGCCAGCUCGAGAGUGGCGAGGUGAUGGCAGACACCGUGGAGAUGGAUGUCGAGACCUGCUUCCCCAACGAGAUGACAGUCGACUGGACUGCCAGCAACGCUGCGCCCGACACAGCCGCUGACCUGAUAGUCACCGCCGAGCCCCACUCACGGUGCACCAUUGCUGUCAAGGACUCCGGUGUGGGCUUAAGGAGGAGGGGUCGUCAACCCUACGAGCUGACGCGGGAGAGAACGCUGAGCGUUUUCAGCAGACUGCAUGGUGACCUGGAAGACACAUUCCUCGCAGCCGGGGGGUGGCUAGGGAAUAUGAUGGUCCCACCACCCUACCGAGAUCAGACGGCAUACACCGGCCGCGAUGAACCGGACGUGAAGGAAUAUUGCGCAGCCCUAGAACAGAAGCUCUUCGAGUCGCUGAUAAGAGCGGGAGUGAAUCGUACAAGUCUGGACAAUCUGGUCAAGGGCUUCAAGGAGCAAUAUGGUUAUGUGGAUAAGGAUGACGUCACACGGGUUUUCUCCCUGCACCCGAACGCCGACGCUGCGGACGUCUUCAGGUACGCUGGAAUGGUACCUCUGGCCAACAGGGGACUGCGCUACUCGCCCUGUGUCAAGGAUGAGUUGGAGUCGUGGCACCUCGGCAUCCCAACGCGCCACAAGCGGGAAUCCCCGCUGAUACAGGAGCGUCCGAGUCAUUUUUAUGAUGCGAGGGAGAACGUGAUUUACUACGAGACGCAAACAUUGGAUGAGCGAGGAAAAGGUCACGUGACUUUACGGCUACCCGGCCGAGCUACAAGAUGGGUGGCAACAGCUACCUGUACCCACCCCCAGAAGGGUUUCGGCAUUUCUGAGAAGGUGCCCAUUAGGGCGUCCAAACUGCUCUUUGCCGAAAUGUCCAUUCCACACUCUGUGAAAGCUGGGGAGCUUCUUAUCUGA